GUAGCAAUGAAAAAACCGGAAGUGUACAGCUUUUGCAGUGUAUUUCGUAGAUGCUUAUUUAUUUACAAUCUGUUAUAAUCGAGUAAUCUGACGUUCUGUCAUGAAACCGGCGUAAUUGUUGGAAUUGCUUAUAUUGCACUGGUGAUAAUUAAACCAAUAUUAAGUCAAAUUAGGCCGUAAAAAUGGCUCAAAUUUCUCAAUUAUGCGACUCUAACCCCACGAUGAAUCUGAAAUUUGCCAUUGUUUGCUCUAGCAAUCAAAACAGAAGUAUGGAGGCACAUAAUUUUCUCAGCAAAAAGGGAUAUCGUGUGAAGUCGUUUGGAACAGGAACUCAAGUGAAGCUGCCGGGUCCAGCGCAUGAUCGCCCAAAUAUUUACGAUUUCAACACCACCUAUGAUGAGAUGUACCGAGACUUGAUGGAUAAAAACCCAGAAUUAUAUACGCAAAAUGGAAUCCUAAAUAUGUUGGAUAGAAACAGACGAAUCAAGCCAAAGCCAGAGAGGUUCCAAUCAAGCUCUGAGAGAUUCAACAUCAUUUUAACGUGUGAGGAGCGUGUGUAUGACCAAGUGAUCGAGGAUUUGGAGAGUCGUUCGAAGGAUGAAAUGGAGCCGGUGCAUAUCAUCAACCUUGAUAUACAGGAUAACCACGAGGAGGCCACUGUAGGUGCCGCCCUGAUUUGUGAGCUGGCACGCUUGUUGGCAGAUGCAGAUGACCUCGAUGAUGAUGUGGAUGAAAUUAUUCUAGAGUUUGAACCGAAAGCAGCCCGGCCCAUUCUCCACACUGUUAUAUUCUAUUGAACAGCCCAGACAUUUUUAUUCUUCUCCGAUUUGGAAUUUGGAAUUGUGUCUCUGAAUUUUACAUAUUUUGUGCUUGGUGAACAUUUCCUGGUAUUUGUCAUUACAUGCAUUUGGUGAACAUUUAACUGCAUAUUUUCGAGUGCACUUUAUGGACAGUUGUUAAUUGCAAUUGUGCACUUUGUUAAAAUAUAACUGUGUUUGUCAUCAUGUGCUACUGGUGAACAGUUAAUUGUAUUUGUUCACUUAGUGAGCAUGUAGUUUAAUUUUUUAUGAUGUGCACUUCAUAAACGAUAAAUUGUAUUUGAAAUUGUGUGCACUUAUGAACAGUUCAUUUUGUUGAGAGAAUUAACUGUAUUUGUGGACUUGGUGAGCAUUCGCUUGUUUUUUCAUUUUGUGCACUUCUAAAAAUAAAAAUGUAUUAAUUU